UUUGUAAUAGCCAUUAUAAUUUUGCUCUGGAAAAAAAAGUUAGUAUUAGGUUUGUUCAAAACUUUCUCAGUGAUUAUAUGUGUAUUUGGUCUCUCGUGUGAAUUGCGAAAACAAAUAUCUUCUAGAGAGAGAAAGCGAUUGGAAUUGGGAAAGAUAGAUGGCGGCGUACAGAGCUGACGAAGACUACGAUUACUUGUUCAAGUUGGUUCUGAUCGGUGACUCAGGUGUGGGCAAAUCGAAUUUGCUAUCGAGGUUCGCGAGGAACGAGUUCAGUCUCGAGUCGAAAUCUACCAUCGGCGUCGAAUUCGCCACCCGGAGUAUUCGCGUCGAUGACAAGGUCGUCAAGGCCCAAAUAUGGGAUACCGCCGGACAAGAAAGAUAUCGUGCAAUCACAAGUGCAUACUAUCGAGGAGCUGUUGGUGCAUUGAUUGUGUAUGAUGUCACCAGACAUGUGACAUUUGAGAACGUUGAGAGAUGGUUAAAAGAGUUACGGGAUCACACAGACUCAAACAUCGCGAUAAUGCUCGUGGGGAACAAGGCAGACUUGCGGCACUUGCGUGCUGUUUCCACCGAGGAUGCAAAGGCCUUUGCUGAGAGAGAGAACACCUUCUUUAUGGAGACAUCUGCCCUUGAGUCACUGAAUGUUGAUAAUGCAUUCACAGAAGUGCUCACCCAAAUACACCGCGUCGCCAGCAGGAAAGCUCUCGAUAUUGGGAAUGAUCCUGCAGCCUUGCCUAAAGGGCAAACCAUUAAUGUCGGAACCAAGGAUGAUGUUUCGGCUGUGAAAAAAGUUGGUUGCUGCUCUGCCUAAGCACAAAGACGAGGACUGAUAAAUGAUAGGUUAUACUCCCUUCCUUGCCCUAAAUUCAGGAACUCUGCAUUGCAACUCAUGGGUUCUCUAUGCGUUCAAUAUCAGAGUUUCAGCAGUCUGAAUACCUGAGGUUAUCUGAGGUUGGCCUUUUGUUUGGAGUCCUUUUGUAAAGGCAGCAUGCUGUUUUCUUAGUUUUUACUCCAGUUUUUACCAUCUGUGUUGGUUCAUUUGUUAAUUGAUGCUGUUACUAUUGUACUAUUUUCACUACAUUAGUGUCCAGGAACAAGUUACUGAAUUUUGUAUCCUACUAAACACUUUUUGUAUCCUACUAAACAGUUAUAGUUCAAUAUUGUAUGUUAAAGAUGUUAAA